UUUGCUGUGGUACUGGAUCCUUCAGCCGACGUACACCCAAGUCACGAGCCGCCAGUCCCACUAGCCCCAGCAGGGAGCAGACAUGGCAGCGUAAAGGCAAGCAUCCCACCAGCCACUUCUGUUCAUGGCCACAGCACCUGCGCCGGGCCUCGACCUCCCAUCUGCAUCUUCUUGUCACCGACUCCUGAGCCAAGAAUUGGCAACGAGCAUUGCCAGACUGGCACAACAAUCAGUCGCCCCAUCCCUUGCUCUUCUCUCUAAUUUAAAGCGGUCUGCAACUCUCACAGACUCCCACAUUCCUCAUGGCGACCCUCCUCUCCUCGUCCUCUGGCAGAUGUGGGGAGCAGUCAGAUAGCCUCAAGCUACCUGCGAUUCGAAGCUUGGCAGACGUCCGCAGACCUUGCCCCUCUCCAUCCUCCUCUUCUGCCACUGAUCCACCUCGCAGACCUCUUCCCUGGCCUCUUCACGAGGAAACAGGCUCAAAGCUCAAUCCUCCUUCCCUCUCUUCAAGUGGUCGCUUUACGUCCGCUACUUCUUCAUCCUCGUCCUCUUCAGCGCCAUCAGCACAGAGCAGCACACAGCUAUCUCGACCUCUGCUGCAGCGUCCUCUAUCAACACCCGGGACAGCGCCCACCUCAGCUCCUCAGCCUCAUCCCUUCUUUGACCGAGGAAAGAAGUCUUCGUUGUACGUACCGCCUUCGCCAGAGCCCAGCAUGCAACCCCUGGACGACGUCGAGGUCUCGGCAGCGCGAGAGCAAGCAGAUGAUAGCCUAUCAGACACCGAGGAGGCACUGCGUCUGGCUCUCGAUAUAGUAGCUCAGUCGAGAGAGCCUGGCAAUUCACUCACACAAAAAGCAGCGGAGGAAGCAUGCCGAGAGACUUCCCGAGCCUUGUUCCUCCUACAAGCCUGGUCUGCGCAGAAUCGGAUCAGGAGUAGGGCGCUCCUUCGAAGCCGAGGCCAACACUCCGCGCCCGGAGAUGAUCGCAGCAGUGCUGAUGCUACUCCAUCGGGACACGGGCUGGCCAAUUCAUCCGCCAUAGGUGCUGACUCCUUGCGACGUCAUACAACAGCAACGUUGGACCCCGCUGGCCCUAGGAGAUCAUCACCUGCCGGCUGGACCCCACAUGCCGCGAUCACGGAAGUGCGGAGGCCGCUGCGGGAGGUCAGGACAGUGUAUGAGGGGUUCGACCCAGAGACCGACGACCUCCAGCCCCGACCCCCAAUGACUGUCAUACGCACGCAUUCUGGUUGCAUGGCUGGGUCCACUUCGGGUCACUCGCAUACUGCACCCCAACCUCACGGCGCCGAGGCGGAGGCCAGCUACAUGUAUGCUCCCCCGAGCAUUCGAAAUCGACUGGCGGACUUGCACAAGGAGCAACAACGCGUGCUUCCGCCCAUCAUGCCCAGCCAGCCAGUGCAACAGCUACAUUCGCAUGAUUGGGAUCGCUCGGCCCAUCGUCAUGGGCCCAUGCCAGUACCGAUUAGUCACUCGGAACCUCGUUGGGGUCCAGUGCCAGCAUCAUCACCGGCGCAAAGAUGGCCUCCUGGGCUGUCCGAGCUGUCCCCGGCCGCCAGAAAUACCGCACCCACGGUGUCACCAGAUCGUCAGCACGGCCAAUGGUCAGACGGUCACAGUGCUGUUGACAACUACAGUGUCGACAAUGAGGGCGGCGUGUCCAAGUACAAGAAGCGUAGUCGCGCUCCGGCGCCCUCUGCCUGCCGUAGCUGUGGAACCAGCGAGACGCCAGAAUGGCGCCGAGGUCCCGAUGGGGCUCGAACGCUGUGUAAUGCCUGUGGUUUGCACUUUGCCAAAGUCGCAAAGCGCAAGUCCAGCACCGAGGAUGAACCUCUGGAUGAUGCUGCUACAGCUGCUGCCGGGCGCCUUCCACCUCUCUUACAUCAGUCGAGCGGAUCCUCCUGAUCAGAAUAUUCGGCUUUGCCAUCUCUCAUGCCUCGGUGGACUCGUUGCCCCGCAGGAACCAAAUAUUGCUGGUCUGUAUCUCCACUAUAUGUGACCUCUACUACGACCUUCUCCCUCUCCGUUGCCCACGUUC